AAAUUACGUGGCACAUGUGACGCGCCCUCGCUCCACAAGUCGAAACCUGCAAAGGCACUUUUGUAAAACUUUUAUUUCUUCUGAACGACAGAAAAGCUGCCAUAAAGAGGGAUAUUUUUUCAAGUAUCAUUACCUAUAAUUAGCGACGUAUAGUUGAUCGUCUUUGGCAGUUAAAUACACAGUUUUCGACUGUACUUACGUUCUUUUAAAUUCGACUAUCAACAUGGGUGCCUUCGCUAGCCUAUUCAAAGGUUUAUUCGGGAAGAAGGAAAUGAGGAUUCUUAUGGUCGGUUUAGACGCGGCUGGCAAGACCACUAUCUUGUACAAACUAAAACUAGGUGAAAUUGUAACUACGAUUCCAACAAUAGGAUUUAACGUGGAGACGGUGGAAUAUAAAAAUAUCAGUUUUACAGUGUGGGACGUUGGCGGCCAAGAUAAAAUCCGACCACUAUGGAGACACUACUUUCAAAAUACCCAAGGUCUAAUCUUCGUAGUCGACAGCAAUGAUAGGGAGCGAGUUGGUGAAGCAAGAGAAGAGUUAAUGCGCAUGUUGAACGAAGACGAACUGAGAGACGCUGUGCUUUUGGUUUUUGCAAAUAAACAGGAUUUGCCCAACGCGAUGAACGCGGCAGAAAUAACGGACAAACUCGGUUUGCAUUCAUUGCGAAAUCGCAAUUGGUAUAUCCAAGCAACUUGUGCAACAAGUGGUGAUGGUCUUUAUGAAGGCCUAGAUUGGUUAUCUCAGCAAUUGAAGAAUGCAAAGUAGGACGGACUGCAAUGAAACAAUACACGUUUAAAUUCGUGAUUUGCCAUCACAUGUAUAGUUUUUUUCAAUAACUUCGAAAUUCAUAGCAUAGACAUGCAGUAGUUAGUGAUUGUGCUUGCAUAUGCAAACAGUGAAAGCUACUUGCCUUAUCUUUUACAAUAUUAUUUUUCUUGAUUCUAUUUUUGUUUCACGGACGCGGAAUGAUGUGUAGUCAAUUAUGUUGAGAUAUCUGUACAUGUACAUAAUCUUUACAUGGUUAUAUUUGGAUGCAAACCAAAUUUAUAUUUGGAUGCAAACCAAAUUGAAAAUACAUACAUACAAUAAUAAAUGACAUUACAAGAAUAAUGAUAACUAUCAUAAUAGUAUGAUACGUAAGUCGUGAAUUAUGACGGAACUACACCUUGUCCUGACGAUACCGGAUCUGAUCUCAAGGUGCUAUCUUGAAACAGAUAAACGAAUAAGCGUACAUCAGUUUAACUUAUUUUAGCACUUCUCUAUACCUCAUCCAGUAAAUCUACUCCCUAAUUAACACUCACUAGCAAUUUUUUAAUUAAAAUUUCUUGAUCUAAUUUAAUGGUUCAAAGCAAUCAAAUUUGAUUAUUUCUGCAACAUUUCAACGUGGACUUCCACAUUGUUUGGAUUGGUCAUUACUAAGCACUCCGGUGCUCAUACAACGUUUAACUGGCGGCAAAGAUGAAGUGCCAUCCGUAGCAUUUCCGUACCGAAGAAUAUUUGGAAACUCUUUCAUGCCGCAUCCGUGAAACAAAUUGGAACAUUCCAAUCUACGGAAUAAUUUAGAUUUGAAAAAUUUGUGCUCAAAUGAGCUUAAAGCAUUAACUAUAGGCCUAGGUGGGAUGUUAUACAUAGUGCUUUUCGCACCCGGCGGCGAGAAAAACUAUAGUGUGAUGUCGAUGCGCCACAAUUCUGCCUAUAAGUUCGGUCUUCUAGCUUUCCCUCCUUUCAGUAAAACGUGUAAUGUGAAGUGCGGAUCUUCGUACAACGGAAUUAAACAAUGUGUGAUAGCUUUUUUAAUUAAUCGUUUUAUGUUAUAUAUAAGUGCGCAAGAACAGUAAUAAAAAGUUGGUACGUCGUAUAUUGUUCUGACAUUUCA